CUAGUUCUAGUGUGACUACGAGCGGAAUCACUAAAGUGAAUUUAGAAAAUAAUAAAAAUAAAAGUAAAGUCGUGAAAAACUUUAAGAUGUCUAAACUCCUUGUGCGCAGUUGUCCACCCCACGCACUCCUUCUCCUGCUACUACUUCUAUGCGCCAAAUGUCUGAAGGUCACCGCCAUUUGCAACACGUGCAACAGCGUUACCAACUUGGCUUGCGUCUCCACCACACAAUUCCAAGUCUGCAUCAACGGCUUACCCACCGGAUCUGCAACGAGCUGUCCUACGGGUUAUAUCUGCUCGACAGCGUCGACGAGCAUUUGUGCGCCGAGCAGUGGUCAGAAUGUAGUGGGCGAUUGCACCGCAUGCAACACCUGUGAUUCCACACUGACUUUCGCCUGCACCGGCGUACGCACAUAUGCGCUGUGUCUGGGCAGUGCCACACCGAGUGAUUUGACGGGCAGUUGUGAGCCAUAUCAUAUUUGUAGCAUUGAUUAUGAGUUCAUUUGUGGCAAUGCAACGGAGGGUGUGAGUGUCACGCCGACUUGUGCCAGUACGGAAACUACCGAAACUACGACGGCAGUUAGUACAACAACAACGACUGAUGCGUCGAUUGUGACAAAUCCCGUUACAUAUUGUCAAACGCUACAACAAAAUGGUCGCUUUCCAGUCGGCAAUGAUCUUACAACAACAUGCAAACAGUAUGUCUACUGCUUCAUAAAUAAUGCUGUUUGGUCUGGUGCUCUCUAUUAUUGUCCAGGCGCCACUUAUUUUGACAGCAACACCCGUUAUUGUACAGCGAAUGUGCCGCAACGCUGCACAAGCACUACACAAACACUGUCGCUGAGGGACGCCGAGUUGGAUUUCUACUGAGCUGACGGAGUAGGGUGUGGGAGAAGGAAAGAUGGAGAGAGGGGGAGAGAGAGAGAGAUUGAGAGAGAAGGAUGGAGAGAGAGAGAGUGAUGGAGAGAGCGAUAGAAAAUUAGACAGAUAAGAAUGGAGGGAAAUAGAGUUAGAGUGUGAGGUAAUUUCUACGCAUACGGAAAUAUCCAGAGAGCACUUAGAUUUAUGUCGUCUAUUGAAGACAGUAGAUAUAAUAAAUGAUUCGACUUAAUGUUUAAAUAUUUACAUAUAUACAAUGUUGAUACAAACCUAGUUCAAUUAAAAAAAUA